AAUGAGUGGUGGGUUGGCACCAAGCAAAAGCACUGUGUAUGUGUCCAAUUUACCCUUUGCUUUGACAAACAACGAUCUAUACAGGAUAUUUUCAAAGUAUGGGAAAGUUGUCAAAGUUACUAUUAUGAAAGACAAAGACACCAGGAAAAGCAAAGGAGUUGCCUUUAUUUUGUUUUUGGAUAAAGAAUCUGCACAAAACUGUUCACGGGCACUUAAUAACAAACAGUUGUUUGGAAGAGUAAUAAAAGCAAGUAUUGCCAUUGAUAAUGGGAGAGCAGCAGAAUUCAUUCGUAGGCGUAACUACUUUGAUAAGUCUAAGUGUUAUGAAUGUGGGGAAGCAGGACACUUAAGUUAUGCUUGUCCUAAAAAUAUGCUAGGAGAGCGGGAGCCACCAAAAAAAAAAGAAAAGAAGAAGAGAAAGAAAAUAGUUGAGCCAGAAGAAAUUGAGGAGGAAGAAGAAAGUGAAGAAGAAGGAGAAGAUCCUGCUCUGGAUAGUCUCAGUCAAGCCAUAGCUUUUCAGCAAGCCAAAAUUGAAGAAGAGCAACAAAGAUGGACACAGACUGCAGGGGAAUCUUCAACUUCAGAUGAUUCAAAGCGGCCGCGGAUUAAGAAAAGUGCUUAUUUCAGUGAUGAGGAAGAACUUAGUGAUUGAAAUAAUACUGUUUUAUAUGUGAUAUAUAUAUAGUGUACAUUUUGUAAAGUGCUACAAAAUUAUCAGUAAUAUAAGUUUGUCUCAGUGUUGAAGACUCUGAGGCUCGUGUUGAAGUUCUGCCCUGCCCCUCAAAUCGUCCACUUUCAUGAUCUCUCUCUCAAAAUUUUACCCUUGAAGGCAACUUCUUGAAAA